AUGGAGCCCCGGGCAGCCCGCGCCUGCCUGGCCCUGCUGUGGGGCUGCGCGUUGGUGGCGGCCGCCGGGGCGCAGAGCAAGGAAGUUGUCCUGUUGGACCUCGCGGAAGCCAAAGGGGAGCUCGGCUGGCUCACAUACCCCUACGGCAAAGGGUGGGACUUGGCACAGAACAUCAUGAAUGACACGCCCAUCUACAUGUACACGGUGUGCAACGUGGUGACCGGUGACCAGGACAACUGGCUGCGUACUAACUGGGUGUAUCGCGGCGAGGCCGAGCGUAUUUUCAUCGAGCUCAAGUUCACCGUGCGGGAUUGCAACAGCUUCCCCGGCGGCGCCAGCUCCUGCAAAGAGACCUUCAACCUCUACUACUUUGAGUCAGACAUGGACUACGGCACCAACUUCCAGAAGCGCCAUUUCACCAAGAUCGACACCAUCGCGCCUGACGAGAUCACCCUCACCAGUGACUUCGAGGCUCGCCACGUGAAGCUGAACGUGGAGGAGCGCACCGUGGGGCCGCUCACGCGCAAAGGCUUCUACCUGGCCUUCCAGGACAUCGGUGCCUGCGUGGCGCUGCUCUCCGUCCGUGUCUACUACAAGAAGUGCCCGGAGCUGGUGCAGGGCCUGGCCCGCUUCCCUGAGACCAUCGCGGGCUCCGACGCUCCGUCCCUGGCCACGGUGGCCGGCACCUGUGUGGAGCACGCCGUGGUGCUGCCCGGCGGGGAAGAGCCCCGCAUGCACUGUGCAGCGGAUGGCGAGUGGCUGGUGCCCAUCGGGCAGUGCCUGUGCAAAGAAGGCUACGAGAAGGUGGAGGACACCUGCCAGGCCUGUUCACCGGGAUUCUUCAAGUCCCAGGCGUCCGAGAGCCCCUGCCUGCAAUGCCCGGCGCACACACUGCCGUCCCUCGGAGGCGCCACCUCCUGUGAAUGUGAGGAAGGCUACUUCCGGGCCCCAGAGGACGCAUUGUCUACGCCCUGCACCCGCCCACCCUCCGCCCCGCACUACCUCACAGCCGUGGGCAUGGGUGCCAAGGUGGAGCUGCGCUGGACCCCGCCCCAGGACACCGGGGGCCGCGAGGACAUUGUCUACAGGGUCACCUGCGAACAGUGCUGGCCGGAGUCCGGCGAGUGUGCGCCCUGCGAGGCCAGCGUGCGCUACUCAGAGCCGCCGCACGCGCUCACCCGCACCAGCGUGACGGUCAGUGACCUGGAACCGCAUAUGAACUACACCUUUGCCGUCGAAGCCCGCAACGGCGUCUCAGGCAUGGUGACCAGCCGCAGCUUCCGCACCGCCAGCGUCAGCAUCAACCAGACAGAGCCCCCCAAAGUGAGGCUGGAAGGCCGCACCACCACCUCGUUGACCAUCACCUGGAGCAUCCCCAUCCCCCAGCGGAGCCGUGUGUGGAAGUACGAGGUCACCUACCACAAGAAGGGGGAUGCCAACAGCUACAAUGUGCACCGCACUGAGGGCUUCUCUGUGACCCUGGAGAACCUGGCACCGGACACCACCUACCUGGUCCAGGUGCAGGCGCUGACGCAGGAGGGCCAGGGGGCUGGCAGCAAGGAGCAUGAGUUCCAAACACUGUCCUUGGAAGGAUCUGGCAACAUGGCAGUGAUUGGUGGUGUGGCCGUCGGUGUCGUCCUGCUCCUGGUGCUGGCUGGAAUCGGCUUCUUCAUCCACCGCAGGAGGAGGAGGCUCCGGGCUCGCCAGUCCUCAGAGGAUGUGUAUUUCUCCAAGUCAGAACAACUGAAGCCCCUGAAGACAUACGUGGACCCCCACACCUAUGAAGACCCCAACCAGGCUGUACUCAAGUUCACCACAGAGAUCCACCCGUCCUGCGUCACGCGGCAGAAAGUGAUCGGGGCAGGAGAGUUCGGGGAGGUGUACAAGGGGAUGCUGAAGUCGUCCUCGGGAAAGAAGGAGGUGCCUGUGGCCAUCAAGACGCUGAAAGCUGGCUACACGGAGAAGCAGCGGGUGGACUUCCUGAGCGAAGCCAGCAUUAUGGGACAGUUCAGCCACCACAAUAUCAUCCGCCUGGAGGGCGUCAUCUCCAAAUACAAGCCCAUGAUGAUCAUCACGGAGUACAUGGAGAACGGCGCCCUGGACAAGUUCCUUCGGGAGAAGGACGGCGAGUUCAGCGUGCUGCAGCUGGUGGGCAUGCUGCGGGGCAUCGCGUCCGGCAUGAAGUACCUGGCCAACAUGAACUACGUGCACCGCGACCUGGCCGCCCGCAACAUCCUUGUCAACAGCAACCUGGUCUGCAAAGUGUCCGACUUCGGUCUGUCCCGAGUGCUGGAGGAUGACCCCGAGGCCACCUACACCACCAGUGGUGGCAAGAUCCCAAUCCGCUGGACAGCCCCUGAGGCCAUCUCUUACCGCAAGUUCACCUCGGCCAGCGACGUGUGGAGCUAUGGCAUUGUCAUGUGGGAGGUGAUGACAUACGGGGAGCGGCCCUAUUGGGAGCUGUCGAACCAUGAGGUGAUGAAAGCCAUCAACGACGGCUUCCGGCUCCCCACACCCAUGGACUGCCCCUCCGCCAUCUACCAGCUCAUGAUGCAGUGCUGGCAGCAGGAGCGCGCCCGGCGCCCCAAGUUUGCGGACAUCGUCAGCAUUCUUGACAAGCUCAUCCGAGCCCCCAACUCCCUCAAGACCCUGGCUGACUUUGACCCCCGGGUGUCCAUCCGGCUGCCGAGUACCAGUGGCUCGGAGGGCGUCCCCUUCCGCACGGUGUCCGAGUGGCUGGAGUCCAUCAAGAUGCAGCAGUACACGGAGCACUUCAUGGCAGCCGGCUACACCGCCAUCGAGAAGGUGGUGCAGAUGACCAACGACGACAUCAAGAGGAUUGGGGUGCGGCUGCCUGGCCACCAGAAGCGCAUCGCCUACAGCCUGCUGGGACUCAAAGACCAGGUGAACACUGUGGGGAUCCCCAUCUGA